CAACACUAGCCCCCGACUCAUGCUACAAAACAAGAAACAACAACACAGCGUGUUGAAGGUUUUUCGCUCAUGUUUUUCUUUUAUAUUUUAAGUUUUAAUUAAUCAUUUAUAUAAUGUAACGUUAUACAUAAAAUAUAUAUAUCCUUUUAUAGUAUUAAUCUUCCGCAGUUUUAUACACAGGCUCCAGAUCAGGUGUUUCAUUACAGGUGUGAACUUUGUUCGGGUCAGUUGAUAAAAUCACCUUUGAGCUUUUAUCAUGCAGUUCAGAUAACGCUGGUUAAAAACAUCUGGUCUCCUCAUGGCGUCCCCCGCGCUCCUCGCAGCCGCUCUGGCGGUGUGUGUGAGCGGGAUCCCGCGGGGCUGCUCGGAGGGUGUGUGGCGGCUCCCCCCGGUCCUGGAUCGGUCUUACGUGGCUGCGGUUUAUGAACACCAGGUGAUCCUGAACCCGAACCCCAAGAUUCCCGUGUGGAGAGAAGCAGCUCUGGAGCACAUGAAGAAAAACCUGGAUGUGUUUGAGGAGCAGACUGCUUUAGCUGCACAGCAGGGGGCCCAAAUCAUAGUAUUCCCGGAGGACGGCAUCCAUGGAUUCAACUACAGCAGAGCUUCCAUAGCAAGUUACCUGGAGCCAAUUCCUGACCCCACACACGUGACGUGGAGUCCAUGCGCUGAUCCUGACCGAUUCCCAAACACAGAGGUACUCCAUCGUCUGAGCUGCAUGGCUCGCAAGAACUGCAUCUUCUUGGUGGCCAACAUGCCGGAUCGUCAGCUGUGCAGCCGGCUGGAGGACCCCCUCUGUCCGGUGGAUGGUCAGUACCAGUAUAACACGGAUGUUGUGUUCAGUAGCGACGGCACUCUGGUGGCCAGGUACCAUAAACAGAACCUGUACUUCGAGGCUGCGUUCGACAAGCCCCCGCAGUGCGAGUACGUUACCUUCACCACUCCGUUCGCUGGGCGCUUUGGGGUCUUCACCUGUUUCGACAUACUGUUUCGGGAGCCGGCCGUGACCCUUGUGAAGGACAUGGGCGUCAGGCAGCUGGUGUAUCCGACAGCCUGGAUGAAUCAGCUCCCCCUGCUGGCGGCCGUGCAGUUCCAGCGCUCCUUCUCGUUCUCUACAGGUGUGACUUUGCUGGCUGCGAAUAUUCGAUCUGCAGCUCUGGGCAUGACGGGCAGCGGGAUCUUCACGCCUCAGGAUGCUCUGUACCAUCACGACAUGGAUGGCGAGAGUGGGAAACUGCUGGUGAAGAGAGUGCCUGUCCUGGAUCCAUCUGUGCCCUGGACUCUCUCUGAAGCAGGGAAUGUGAAAGGGAAUGGAACAGAGAAUGGAACAGGGACUGAAGCAGGGAAUGUGGAUGGGAAAGGAGCAGGGAAGGCUUGCAUGAGGACUAAACCCUUGUCAUACCCAAUUAAAGAAGAGGAAGAAGUGCAGAACAAGCCAGGGCACUGUUUCCUCUGCCGCGAGUGCUCCCCAAGCGAUGAACAAACACCUUUUAACUCCACAAUGAUGUACGAUAAGUUCACCAUGUUGCCUCUCCAGGGCAGCGAGGGGAAUCUCACCGUGUGCGAUGGAUCCCUCUGCUGCCAGCUGCUGUUCCGGAGACAGAAACCUCCCGAGGAAGAGCUUUACGCACUCGGGGCGUUUAACGGACUCCACGUGGUCCACGGCACGUACUAUUUGGAGGUGUGCGCCUUGGUCAGAUGCACAAGUCUGGACAAGGCAAGCUGCGGAGGAGAGACUGAGCACGCUCAGACGAUGAUCGACUUCCAUCUGGAAGGGAGCUUCAGCACAGAGCACGUCUACGCUGGCGUGCUGGGCAGCGGCAUGAGCCUGGAUCUACCAGACAUUACCGGCCGGAGGAAAAACGGACGAUUCCACAUGAACAACACAGAAAUGACCACUGGACUGGUGACAGCAGUUCUGUACGGAAGGGUCUAUGAGAAGGAUGGCACGGAUCAAGAUCAGUUUGCUGGUUCAAGUGUAUUAUUUUAAGAUUUUACGUGCAGAAAUUUAAUAUUUUCAUAUUUGCACUGAAGCUGCAAGGCCAAGGUGUUUGAGUUAAUGAAGUUAGUUAGUGACUGUAGUUUUUCAUAAGCUCCUCCCACCUUUAGGAUUCUUUAUCUGAAGGGAGUUUAGCUAAUCUGGUCAAAAUGUACCUUAAAUGUACCUUGUACUUUCUUGAUGUCUCUGGAUUAAUAUUUUGUGAUAAUACAAAAAAAAAUUAGUUACAAAACACUUUAAAACUGAAAGCAAAAUUUCAACUCAAUACAAUAAAUGUAAAAAAAAAUACAGACCUUCAAAUUUGCUA